CCCGCGCCAACGGCCGCUCGUCCCCGCGCCAACGGCCGCCCGCGGCGGCGGGCGCUGCCCAGCGGCGGCGCAGGUGCCGGCCGCGGCGGCGGAGAGGGAGGAUGGAGGCUGCCUUGCUGAAGCCGGCGAUGAUGGCGGAGGUGAAGGGGAGCGGCGCCGGCCCCGCGGCGGGCUCGGUCGUCAGCGCCGAGCUGGAGGUGAAGAAGCUGCAGGAGCUGGUGCGGAAGCUGGAGAAGCAGAACGAGCAGCUCCGGAGCCGCGCCGCCGCCGCCACGGCCACUGCGGCCGCCGCGGGCCCGCCCAGCCCGCACCUGCUGCUGGCCCCGCCGCCGGCCUCCGGCGGGCUGGGCCCUGCCGGCCCCCCCUCGGCGGUGGCCGGCGGGGGUGGCGGGGCAGCGCCGUGCGUGCCCAGCGCUGUGCCCACCCUGCUGUGCUCCGCCGCGCUGGGCCCGCCGGAGCCCCUCGCCUACUUCAAGCCCUCGCCCGGCCUGGCGGCGCCUUGCGGCGGGGGGCAGGAGGCGGGCGGCGGCCCGGCGGCAACGGUGCUGGACGAGGUGGCGGUGCUGGAGCUGGAGGACGGCUGCUGCGGCCAGGACGAGGAUACAUGGUUAUAUGUCUUGCCUACCAAGACUCUCACCCCUCAAGAGAAAUCAUUGAGUCCUCUGCAGUGGUGCAGACGUGUUCUGGAUCAUCCAAGUCCUGAGAUAGAGGCUGCAAAACGCUCUCUGUGCUUUAGAUUGGAACAAGCUAGCCGAUGGCGAAACCUCUUCUCUACACCUGUCUCCUUGGCUUUUCCCUAUAGUCCUGUUGCAAGACUCACCCCGUAUACCAAUGGCUUUAAUAGUCCCAGCUUCUCUAAAACCUCCAGUAAAGCAAUACUAACACCUGAACGGACAGGUUACACUUCUCGAAGUUCCCCUUUGAGUCCACAGUCAUCAAUAGACAGUGAACUGAGCACAUCAGAGCUGGAGGAUGAUUCCAUCUCCAUGGGAUACAAACUGCAGGACCUCACUGAUGUUCAAAUCAUGGCUCGUCUACAAGAGGAGAGCCUUAGGCAAGAUUAUGCUUCUACUUCAGCAUCUGUAUCGAGACACAGUUCAAGUGUAUCUCUGCAUUCAGGAAAGAAAGGGACAUGCAGCGAUCAGGACUAUGAUUGCUAUAGUCUUGAGGACGAAGAAGAGUUUGACCACCUCCCACCUCCGCAGCCUCGGCUCACUCGCUGUUCCCCCUUCCAGAGAGGAAUUCCACACUCACAGACUUUCUCCAGUAUUCGGGACUGCAGGAAAAGCCCUACUUCCCAGCACUUCCCUUCAAAUAAUUACCAGCAGCCGUACUAUUCUCCUCAAGCCCAAAUUCCAGAGCAACAACCAAAUAGGAUUAAUGGAGAUAAACUUCGAAGAAGCAUGCCUAACCUAGCUCGGAUGCCAAGCACCCCCACCAUUAACAAUAAUGCUAGCUUUGCUAGUUCUCCAGUCACUGUGAGGAACAGUCAGAGCUUUGAUUCCAAUUUACAUGGAGCUGGUAAUGGAAUUUCAAGGAUGCAGUCAUGUAUUCCCUCACCAGGACAACUUCAACACAGAGUUCAUAGUGUGGGACAUUUUCCAGUGUCUGUUAGACAGCCUCUUAAAGCUACUGCCUAUGUAAGCCCAACUGUACAAGGCAGCAGUAGUAUUCCUGUAUCCAACAAUUUACAGUUAUACUCUAACACUGGAAUCCCAAUGCCAAACAAGACUGCCAACCAAGGGAUUGUAGGGCGUAGUGCUCUUCCAAGACCGUCGCUGGCCAUCAAUGGGAGUGGCAUACCCAGAAGUAAAAUUGCACAGCCAGUUCGAAGGAGCACGAUUUGGGGUUGGCAGGACCUGCUUCCCCUAAAGGAAGGUGAGCUGGGAGCAGAGUGUGACAGCAAGGCAGUCCCACAGUAUCCAAACCAGAAGAACAGAGCAGUGACAGUGACCAGGGUCAGUCCAGAUCUCCAGACAACUCCACAGUGAUGAGGCAGGUCCAAGAUAAAGCCAGGAAGUGAAGUCAGAAGGUCGGAACCAGAUCUGCGAGGUACCAGCCAGGCACAGGCACGGCUGCAACAUAAAUGCAGCUCCUGAGUGAAGGUGGGAGCCUUGCUUAUUCCUGCUGCCUUGCAUAGGAGCAAGUCACUGCAAUCCAACUACCCUAAAUUGAUGAUGGGAGAGUAGGAAGGGACUACUGACCACCUAAAACUCUUAUCUCAGACUUUGUAGUAUCAUUUUGACAGCUUUUGCAUCAUUGACAAUUUUCAACUCUUGAGUGUGUUUUCCUGUUUGCUCCCCUGUAACAGAAGUUCAGUUCUGGAUAAGUAGCAAUAUUCUUACAUUUAUUUUCAAUUUAGUUAAUUCUUCUUUACUUUUCAUCCUCUCUGUUUUCUUUUGAAGACUGUUAAUCAUACUUUCCUUCCUUUUCUUUCUGGAAAAAAAAAAAAGUGAAAGCAGCAGUUGUAGGUAGGUCACAUUUUCUGAAAGAAAAGGCAGGUCACAUUUUGUGCCUCAGGUAGCUGGUUUUAUAGUAAAGGUAAGUUUAAAAAAAAAAAAAACAAAAAACAUGGAAUUGCAUAAAAGCAGCUUGGUUAGACCACCCUAAAUUGAACCAUCUUUUUUAAAUAAGUGCAGUUUUUUGGCCACUAGAAAAAUAGUUAUUGUAGAGAGACAAGAAUCUGUUCUGGUUACCAUUCUUAACUUUCUUGUUCUGUCUGCCUUACAACAUAACUCUGCUUUCUUCCAGCCUAGGGCAUUUGGAAAGGAGGGGAGGCAUCAGUAACUUGCAGCAAUUAUAGCUAAAGGCAAAGAUAAAAAGAGAAGGAACUGUAAAGAAGCUUGAGAAAUCGUUUUAUAAGAAACAUUUUCACAGAAUUGGGACAGUUUGUUUUCAGCAAAAUAUGGUGCAACUGAAACACAGUGGCCACAAAUUGUAGGUAGCCCAUCUAGCCACCAGUGACUAGCCUGUCUAGCCACCAGUGACUAGAUGCUCUGACUGUUAUGUCAGAGCUGAGAAUUUUUUUCUUUAAUUUGAUUUGAAAUAGUUACCUUGGUAGUACCUGCAAAUUUGGAAGAUGGCCAAGAAACAUUUUUUAAUUAGUCCAUAUUUAUUAAGGACAGAUGCAACCUGGGAGCGUGAAGGUGGUGGUGGUGGGGGUCCUGGAGGAUAUGAUCUUUCACGUGAAAUACGGCUUCCUUUGUCUUUUUUUUGGUCUGU